CUACUUUAUAGUUUUUCUUUUUAAGAAUCCACUACCAUGUUUCAUUUUUCUUCUGGUGAUGAAAAAAGAGCUCAAGGCUCAGUGCCAGCUGCCCGGUGAAAGCUUGCAACUUUACAGAGAUCGAAGAUGAAGCUAAGUUUUGUGAAGACCAUGUGUUUAGCUUCAGCUUUCAGGGGCUUCUACUCUCCACUGCCAACGGAUUUGGGAUUGGGUACCUUUCAUUCUCUAACCCCAUUAUAUACUUUUCCUUUCCAUUCGUCUUCUUCUUCUACUUCCGCUCACACACAUCAAGAUGCAAGCUUGAGAUCUAAAUUCAAUUCUGCUUCAUUUAGGGACGUUGAUGAUGCCCUAGCUUCCUUUAAUCACAUCAUUCUUAUGCAUCCUCUCCCUUCUAGGGUUCAAUUUAAUCUAUUUUUGUCUGCCCUUGUCAGAAUGAAACAAUAUCAUAUCGUCAUUCCCUUGUCCAGAACAAUUGAGUCUCUAGAAAUUUCAAACGAUACUUAUUCUCUUAAUAUCUUGAUUAAUUGUUUCUGCCGCUUACACCAUGUGGAUUUUGGCUUCUCAAUUUUUGGGAAAAUCCUUAAAUUGGGAUUGCAGCCAAGUAUUGUGACAUUUAGCACAUUAAUUAAUGGGCUUUGUAUGGAGGGUAAAAUCAAUGGAGCAAUAGACUUUUUCAACCAUAUGGUUGAGAGAGGUUAUCAACCUAAUGUUCUUACUUACAGUGCGAUAGUAAAUGGAUUGUGUAAAUGUGGGAAUACAAAUGGGGCUAUUGGGUUGCUGAAGAAAAUGGUUGAGAGAGGUUGUAAGCCAAAUGUUGUAACAUACAAUGCAAUAAUCGACGCCCUUUGCAAGGGUAAGUUAUUUGCUGAGGCUGUAAACCUCUUAUCUCAAAUGAAGGAUAAAGGCAUUUCACCUAAUGUUAUCACUUACAAUUGCUUAAUUCAUUGUCUUUGCAAUUUGGGCAAGCAGAAUCAAGCAUUAGCCUUGUGGAAAGAAAUGGUGGGGCAUAAAAUAUUACCAGACAUUUUUACCUUCAAUAUAUUGCUAGACUCUCUUUGUAAGGAAGGAUUGCUUUUAGAGGCUCAAAGUACGAUAAAGAUAAUGAUUCAAAGAGGUGUGGAGCCUGAUGUUUUCACUUAUAGUUCAUUGAUAAAAGGAUAUUGUUUGCAUAGCCAAGUGGAUCGAGCUUUGGCCUUGUUGUAUGAAAUGGUAGGGCAGAACAUGUCACCAAAUGUUUAUAACUUUAGCAUAUUGAUCGACUCUCUUUUUAAGGAAGGAAUGGUUUCAAAAGUUCAGGAUAUUGUGAAUUUGAUGGUUCAAAAGGGCAUAAAGCCCAAUGUGGUCACUUACAAUUCAUUGGUGGAUGGAUAUUGUAUGCAUAGCCAAAUGGAUGAGGCUAGAAAAAUAUUUGAUUUGAUGGUAAGCAGUGGCAUAGCUGAUGUCCUUAGCUAUAGCAUCUUAAUUAACGGAUAUUGUAAGAGCAAAUGGAUUGAUGAAGCAAUGAAACUUUUUGAUGAAAUGCCUCAUAAAGGUUUAGUUCCUGACUCUGCUACUUAUAAUACACUUAUACAGGGCUUGUGGGAAGCAGGGAGGCGUCAGGCUGCAUUGGAUUUUUGCAAGAACAUGCAUUACCAUGGUCACCAACCAGAUAUUAUAACUUUCUCAAUUUUGCUCAAUGGCUUGUGCAAACAGGGAGAUCUUGAUGAGGCACUUAUCAUUUUCAAAGCGAUGGAAACGAGUAGAUUUAAGCCUGAUUGUGUUAUCUAUAAUAUUCUGAUUGAUGGUAUGUGCAAAGUUGGAAAGCUUAAUAAUGCCUAUGAACUUUUUUCAAGGCUCAUUAGAAAAGGCAUCAAGCCUAAUGUUUGUAUAUAUACUACGAUAAUAAAAGGACUUUGCAAUGAAAGAUUACUGGAUGAAGCAUAUAAGGUUUUCAGAGAAAUGGAAGGAGGUGGAUGUUUACCAGAUGAACGCUGUUAUAAUGUGAUUAUUCAAGGGUUUCUUAAACAUGAGAAUGUAGUAAAAGCAUCACAACUUAUUGAUGAAAUGGUUGAUAAGGGAUUCUCUGCAGAUGCCACAACAGCAGAAUUGGUAAUACAUCUAUCGCUCAGCGAUGAUCUCAUUUUGAGAAAACUACGAAAUCGAUCAGGAGGUUCUAAAAGUGUAAAUGUGAAAUGAGACUUGAACAAUCAACUCUUUAUCAAUAGAUGCAAGAGGCCUUUGUUA